UGCCCCAAGUCAUCACUUCCCUCACUCCACGUGCACCCACGUCCCUCCCUGCACGCAUUGAGCAAUCCUCCUCCCUCCCUCCCUCCCUCCCCAGGCCUGGCUGCAGCACCACCGUGCUCAGCCCCACGGAUUGGGGGGGUCUGCAGGAGGGGACCCCCGGGCAUGGCCGGAGCUGGGGCUGCGUUGCUCUGCUGUGUGCUGCUGGUGGUGGCUGGGGGGCUGCGGUGCUGCCGUGCUCGGGAGGUGCUGACGGGGCAGCGGGGACGGUCGCUGUCCUUCCCGGCGCUGCGCCGCGUGGCCGAGGACAUCGUGAGGAUCACCUGGAUCUCCGAAACCCGCGGCACGCACAUCGCCGAGGCCAAGCCCAAGAUGAAGGAGUUUGCAGCGGAUUUCCUGCCCCACUUCCAGGGCCGGCUGCGCAUCCAUCCCCAGUCGCUGUCGCUGGAGAUCACGGAGCUGAGCAGCUCGGACAGCGGGAAGUACCGCGCGGUGGUGGACAUUGCGUCCAGCCCCAGCAGCCCCAGGACGUUUUCCUACCUCGUGUUGGUUCUCGAUCACCCCCCCGGGACAACCAGAGGUGACACGGGAGGACACAGCAGGAGCACAACUGGACCAAGAACAAGCGCUGAGCCCCGUAACGGGGGGGGCACCACACCAGGCCCAGGCAGGGGACAGAUCCCGGGUGCUGGGGGGGCUCCGGGGUUAUGUGGGACACGGGGUGGGUACUGCACUCUCAGGGGGUAUCUGGUGGCUGCCGUGUUUGGCCCACUGGUGGUGCUGCUGGUGGCUGUGCAUGUGGUGACCAGGCACUGAGACUGGGGGGUGAGCGGGACCCACAUUGGACUCCAGAGGGAUAAGAACAGGGUCUGAGCCCCCCCUAGCCCCCAGCACGACCCCACAGAGCUCCCAGCAUCGCUGGGUUCACCCAGACAGGAAAACCCACAGUCGCCCCAGUGAAGGGCGUGAAAUGCAUUUCCUCAUCUCUUGCACAAGCCCCAAACCCGGUGAUGCUGCUUCCUCCCAGCAGCCGCACAGACCCCAUUGCAUCCCAGCGCUUCCAGUCCGGGAUCUCCUCCACUACGGGGUCAGCACUGGAUUCGUAUUCCCGGCCCCGAAUCGGGCACGAAGUAACGAUUCAGCAUCUCAUCCAACCUUCCACAGUUUAUCAUAAGUGAAUUAUUUACCGGCGACCCCAAGUAAACGCCGCGCGGCGUAAAUUAUGGAAUGGGCAGAUCCGUCCAAAAGUUCUCAUAAAUAAGUGAUCCGGUGCCG